CAACACACUCACACCCCCGGUAGCACGCUUCCGACACUCUUUUUCGCUUCCACCGCGAAAUUCGCUGAUUUCUUUGAGAAAGAACGCAGCCUUUUGUCUUCAGAACGACCGGUUAUAGACCUUUUCAUGACUAUGGCUUUGUUGUAGCCAUCGUCAUCAUUCAUUCAAUUCUCUUCCCUCAUCGCUCGCGUCCGCUUCCAAACGCAGGUACCAUCCAGCCAACCUUUCACCUCUCCAAACCUCCUCGCGCAUCUGCGGCCAAGAAUUGAGAGAACCAGACGACUGCGCACUCACUAGGUGUAGCAUCAGUCAUGUCAGUGACAGCAAUCUUCGACUGGCUUGGCCUAGAGGACACUGUUCCACGGGUCAAGGUCGCGACUUUGCCAGCUUCAUAUUUCAGAUUUCCGCCCUCCCCAAAGCCAACGACCUUGCCUCCUCCUCCGGACAGUCCAACUCUUGCGCAUCCGUUCACGAUCCCCGCCGAUAUCUACAAUGCUGUUCUAUCUCCCAACGUGCCGAUUACGGUGGCUCUUGUCUAUAUGUCAUUCGUCGCCUUCAUGAACUCGGUCAAUGCGAAUCGCAAAUACAAGCCUUGGGCCUUCAGCAGGACACGGUUCUUCAAGCUUCUUGUCAUAUUACACAAUAUUGUCUUGGCUGCAUAUUCAGCAUGGACUUUCGUUGGCAUGGUCAACACUCUCCACUUGUGCUUGCCAGCCUGGAAUGAGCAGCCAACCGUGGCAGGAACAGUAGAUGCGCUGUGCAAGCUGCAUGGUCCACGAGGCAUUGGAAGUGCUGCAACAUACAAUGCGACAACGAGCGCGUGGUCAAUGACAAACCGUAUGUUCCAUUUGGCAGCAGAUGGCCUGGGUCCAGAAACAACAGACGCCGGCAGAAUCUGGAAUGAAGGGUUGGCCUUCUAUGGCUGGCUGUUUUACCUCUCCAAGUUCUACGAAGUCAUUGACACAUGCAUCAUCCUGGCCAAGGGGAGAAAGAGCAGCUUCCUGCAGACAUACCACCAUGCAGGAGCCAUGCUGUGUAUGUGGGCUGGUAUUAGGUACAUGUCUCCGCCCAUCUGGAUGUUUGUCCUUGUCAACUCGGGUAUCCAUGCGGUCAUGUACACAUUCUAUCUCCUCUCUGCACUUGGCAUCCGCGUACCGAAGUGGUUCAAGCAGUCACUGACGACUCUUCAAAUCACCCAAUUCGUGGUUGGAGCUACGUAUGCCUUUUCGCAUUUGUUCGUUGCCUACCAGAUGCCUGUCAGCGUUGCUUACACCUAUUAUCCCGGAGAGGUGGCCUCGAAGAUCGCGUACAGUAUUCCCAGCGACCUCUCCGCCACGGCAUCAGGUGCAAUAGCUACAGCAUCCGCUGGCGUUGGAGCUUGGCUAAAGAAGGCUGCGCUACGAGCUGCGGGCUACGAAGGUCUUGCUGAAAAUGUUCUCAAUGAGCAAGGUCGACCCUUCGGAAUCGAUGCUGUCCAUGCUGCAGAGGAUCUUGUGGCAAGAGAAGAAACAAGAUACAGAGAUGAAUUGCAAUGGGUGCACUGUCUCGAUACCAGUGGUCAAGUGUUCGCGAUCCUUCUGAAUUGCAUGUACCUUGCGCCUUUGACAUGGCUGUUCCUGCAAUUCUUUAUCACUUCAUAUUUGAAGCGAGCAGAUAGAAGACGUAGCAGUUCGGCAAGCGAGAUGGCCGUUCGUGCUCGACAGAGCCUACAAGACGCGUCGAAGGGUGUGGCACGCAGACUCAGUGAAGCUGUGGAAGAAAUGCAUCGAACAUCUGAAGACAUUGGCGAAGAAGAUGCUAUUGUGGACACAGAAGAAGUAAAGAAUGAACUCGGAGAAGUUGCACAACAAGUCAAAAAUACAGCCAAGAAGGCCUCCAAGAAGGCCAAACAAGCUGCGUCAAAAGCAAAGCCCGAGACAGUGGUCGAGGAGUUCCAACGUGACUUGGAGCUGAUGAAGGAGGGUGCGCUGAAUUUGGGUGAGAAGAUCAAGACUGCCACCAGCAGCGCUGCCGAGCAGGCGAAGAAUCUCAAGGACGCUGCCGCCGAGAAGACUCAGAAGACUGCCGAUGCGGCCGAGGAUGCGACAACUACGGCGGCACAAAAGGGAAAGAAAACUGCCAAGCAGGCAAAAGAUCUGAAGAACAGUGCGGCGCAGAAAGCCGAGCAGAGUGCGCAUCAAGCUAAGGAUGUGAAGGACUCUGCAGCUGAGAAGGCGAAAGAGACCACGGAUAACGCUGAAGAAGCUGCGUCUGAGGCAGGAGAUAGGGCAGAGAAGAAGGCGCAGGACAUCAAGGAGGAAACAGAGAAGUGGAAAGCUGAAACCUCAAAGGAAGAGAAAGCCCCAAACGGAAGUGGCACCGGCGCAGAAGAGGCGACCGGUCAGACUUCACAGCAGCCCAAAUCUGAUGAAGUUCAGUCGGACGGAAAGGGAGCGGAAACGAGCGAGGUACAGGAAGGGAAGAGUUUCGCUGAUGCUCUAAAAGAAUAAGCCUCUGUUGGCGUUACCUGUGCAGACUGCUUUCCAUCGACAAUGCCAACAGUCUUCUCCCUCGAGCCACAAACCUCAUCCAAUAUUCCGCCCGGAAGUCUGAAGCCUGUCAGGGUGGGCUACAGGGUUAUUGAGAGCGACAAGAAUUGGGACACCAACGACUUCCUCGCCCAUGUUUGCGCUUUGCCACCAUCAACAUGUACUCGUCCUCAGUUGAGCUAAACCUUGAGCCAGAAGAUAUGGUUACUUUGCAUCAUUGCAAAGCUGAAACAAUGGUUGAAAGCUGUGAAUAAGGAUUGCUUCAAGGUCCUGGAUCACAUAGCGACGUCUAGAUAGCUUAAUAAUCGAGUUCGGACUCUCAGAA